CGGUAGUCCGCGGUGGUGCGGUCCGCCCCUCACCUGGCCGGCGGCGGGCGCUGAGGGGCCCAAUGGGAGCUGCGGCCUGGCCGCCCCGCCCUGCGCCUCUGGACGUCUGUGCUGGGACAAGGCCGCCGCCGGUGCCGGGUCCUUGAGCUGAGCGCCGCCAGUCCGAGGCCAGCCGCCGCCGUCAGCCGUCCGCACGGGCCGGGCCUGAGGCGCCGCCGGGACGGCAUAGAGACGCGGCAGCCGCGGAGAAGGAGAAGGAGGCAGCUCGGGAGGCCUGAGCUGCCGCCGCGCCCGGGCACAUGGCGUCCAUCUUACUGAGGAGCUGCCGCGGCCGGGCGCCCGCCCGCCUCCCUCCGCCGUCUCGGAUCACCGCCCCGCGGGGUAGUCUGGGGGAUCCUGCUCAUCUCAGCUGUGCCAGCACCCUGGGGUUGAGGAGCUGCCUGAAUGUUCCAUUUGGCUGCUGCACUUCCAUCCACCCUGUGUACCCAUCCUUCAGAGGUGAUCACCUCGGCUGUUGGACUCUGAGACCCGAGUGCCUUCGCACGGUGUUGGGAGCGCCAUGGACCUCUACCUCUGUGGGUUUUGUGGUUGUGGGACCUCGGUGCCUUCCUGUGCGCGGCUGGCACUCUUCACGCCCUGUUGGCGAUGACUCGGUAGUAGAGAAGUCCCUCAAGUCCUUGAAGGACAAAAACAAGAAGCUGGAGGAAGGUGGCCCAGUGUACAGCCCCCCCGCAGAGGUGGUGGUGAAGAAGUCCCUGGGGCAGAGGGUGCUGGACGAGCUGAAGCACUACUACCAUGGCUUCCGCCUGCUAUGGAUCGACACCAAGAUCGCAGCACGCAUGCUCUGGCGCAUCCUCAACGGCCACACUCUGACCCGCCGGGAGCGCAGGCAGUUUCUCCGGAUCUGCGCUGACCUCUUCCGCCUGGUGCCGUUCCUCGUGUUUGUGGUGGUGCCGUUCAUGGAGUUUCUGCUGCCUGUUGCUGUGAAGCUCUUCCCCAACAUGUUGCCAUCCACAUUUGAGACUCAGUCCAUCAAGGAGGAGAGACUGAAGAAGGAGCUUCGGGUCAAGCUGGAGCUGGCCAAGUUCCUCCAGGACACCAUCGAAGAGAUGGCCUUGAAGAACAAGGCAGCCAAGGGCAGCGCCACCAAAGACUUCUCUGUAUUUUUCCAGAAGAUCCGGGAGACGGGGGAGAGGCCCAGCAAUGAGGAAAUCAUGCGUUUUUCCAAAUUAUUUGAGGAUGAGCUUACCCUGGACAACCUGACGCGGCCGCAGCUGGUGGCCCUAUGCAAGCUGCUGGAGCUACAGUCCAUCGGCACCAACAACUUCCUGCGCUUCCAGCUCACCAUGCGGCUGCGCUCCAUAAAAGCAGACGACAAGCUGAUUGCUGAGGAAGGGGUGGACAGCCUGAACGUCAAGGAGCUGCAGGCGGCUUGUCGGGCACGAGGCAUGCGGGCCCUGGGCGUCACGGAAGACCGCUUGAGGGGCCAGCUGAAGCAGUGGCUGGACCUGCACCUACAUCAGGAAAUCCCCACAUCACUGCUCAUCCUGUCCCGGGCCAUGUACCUCCCGGACACCCUCUCUCCAGCCGACCAGCUCAAGUCCACACUGCAGACCCUCCCAGAGAUUGUGGCAAAGGAAGCGCAGGUGAAAGCAGCCGAGGUGGAGGGCGAGCAGGUGGACAACAAGGCCAAGCUGGAGGCCACGCUGCAAGAGGAGGCGGCCAUCCAGCAGGAGCACCGCGAGAAGGAGCUGCAGAAACUCUCGGAGGUGGCGGCUCAGCCUCCUGCUCUGCAAGUGACAGGACAGCUUGGUGGAGUCAUGGGGAGACCAGAGAAGGAUGUUGAGCCCGAACGUGUGGUAGCCGUUCCCCAAAGGCUAGGGGCUGAGCUGCAGCCAGAAGUGUCUGACACAGUCCUGCGGUCAGAGACCCUGAAGGACACUGCCCCGGUGCUGGGGGACUUGAAGGAGGAACAGAUCACUAAGGAGGAAAUUGACAUCCUCAGCGAUGCCUGCUCUAAGCUGCAGGAACAGAAGAAGUCACUCACCAAGGAGAAGGAGGAGCUGGAGCUGCUGAAGGAGGACAUGCAGGACUACAGCGAGGACUUGCAGGAGAUCAAGAAGGAGCUUUCAAAGACUGGUGAAGAAAAGUAUGUGGAAGAAUCUAAAGCCAGCAAGAGACUGACAAAAAGGGUGCAGCAGAUGAUCGGGCAGAUUGACGGCUUGAUCUCGCAGCUGGAGAUGGACCAGCAAGCUGGCAAGCUGUCCCCGGCCAGCGGCAUGCCCACGGGGGAGAACGUCAUCAGUGUCGCCGAGCUCAUCAGUGCCAUGAAGCAAGUCAAGCACAUUCCUGAAAGCAAGCUCACCAGCCUGGCUGCAGCACUGGAUGAAAACAAGGACGGCAAGGUCAACAUCGACGACCUGGUCAAGGUGAUUGAGCUGGUGGACAAAGAAGAUGUUCACAUCUCCACCAGCCAGGUGGCCGAGAUUGUAGCAACACUGGAAAAAGAGGAGAAGGUGGAGGAGAAGGAGAAGGCCAAAGAGAAGGCAGAGAAGGAGGUCGCAGAGGUGAAGAGCUAGAGCCACCGGCCUGGGCACCUGUCCUUCUGCUGUGCCGCCACCCUGGUGAUUGCUUUGUGGUGAUUCUUAGUGGCUCAUUUAAUAUUUUGGCUGGAAUAAAUCAGAGACUUCCAUAAUCAAGUAAAUUUUAAUUUUCAUCAUUCCACGGAGAUUUAAUCUGUCUGGAAUCCUGGAAUCCGUCCACAGAAUCGUGUCUGGAGCCACACUGUGGUGUGGCUGCCACAGCCUCCUGACUCCAGAGGCGGUCGGGCUAGGCCAAGGCAGGAAGGUGCCCCCCUGUGUGUGGCCUCACGUCUCAGCGUCUGACUGUGCUGCCCUGUCCCCAGGGAGGGGAAUAAGGACCACGUGGACUCUGCCCACAGGGAGCUGGCUGCUGUGCCCACCCUCAGAGGCGUCAGGAGACACAGCCUGGCCUCCUCAGGGCUGAAGAUGCCCCAUUCACCUGUGGACCUUGAUUUCUGGAUUUCAGCGUCAAUAGACCUGGCUUCCUGCACACUUUCAGUUGGAUCUGGGUCACUGUGGAGACAGAGGUGUCUGCCAUCUCCAUGGCCUCUGGAGAGUGACAUGCCCCUGCUGGGAGUGCCGGUUCUCACAUGCGGUUUCCCUUGUGUAUCGGAGCCCUUUCUUGACUUUGUAUUUUCCCCAAUUAUUUAAGCAGUUGAUUGGCAUAGAAUUUUCCCACACCGGUCUGCCUGCCCCGAGAGCUGUCUCUGCCCCAAGUGGCGUGACUGACACAGCCCUGGCCAUGGGGCUCCCUUGGGUGGUGCUUGGGGUGUGCGCCACGGGGGCUGCAGUGGGUUCGCUGUGUCAGGGAUGAGCCUGGCUCAGGGGUUGGCGGGACUCUGAAGUGCAUUUGGGGUUCUUUGUAACUUCUGAUGUGAGGUUUGAGUCCGGUGCACCCACAGCAGCAUGCUCUUCUCACCCCUCACGGUGUUGCAGGCUCAGGUCCCUGGGCUCCUUUAGCAAGCAGGCUGGUCAACGAGGCACAAGGAUGCGGCACAGCGCAUCCCCUGAGACUUCACGGGCAAAACUCUCAGUGCUUAGGGUUUGCCCUGUGCCCUCUGGGUGGGGCGGCCUCUCAGCACUUGGCAGCAUAGUCGCGCUGGCCAGGGCAUGGGCAGACUCCUGUGGCCACCUCCACCCUCCUGCCCAGCCGGCUGUGUCACACUCAUCUUUUUAACGUCAGGUUGGUUCCUGGCAAAAAUGUCCCUCCGGGGGCCUCCAAGCAUAGGAUUUGGAAGACAGAAAUGGCACAGGCAGCCAGGAAAGCAGCUGCACUCAGAUGAUGCCUUCUCCAUUACUUGAAGCUUCUUUUUGUUCGGCCAUCAAAGAAACUUGACAAAAUAGGAACAGGAGAUACUUCUCGAUUGUAAAACUUUGUUCAGGGACAGUUGGCUUCCAAAAGCUUUCAGAUUUCAAUUAUUUGAGAAAGAAGUUUGUUUUAGAUCCUUAAUUAAUAUUUAUGAACUCUCUCACCCUG